AUGGACUGGCUGAUAGAGGGCAUCCUUGGGGCUGAGGGGGACAAGGGGCUUCUCAGGAGCCAGCUGACCCAUGCCCUGGCCUGCAGACACUGUGGCAGCAGCUGUCUCCAGAGUACAGGGAAUAUAGUGACACUAUUCCUGUUCGUGGUUUGGCAGAUCCGGAGGUGGUGGCAGCUUGGGAGCUGGAGACAUCUUCAGCCCUGGUACUCUGGGGACAUGACGCAUGGCAAGGGCCUACUACUGUACUGUGUGGUUUUCCUUGGUCAUUUGUGGAGGCAGAAGUCAGAGGAAGAGGAAGAGGAAGAAGAGGGAGAAGAGGAGAAAGAAGAGGUGAUAUUUCUGGACCCACUGAAGCCAUGUUCUCUUCCCAAAGAAGCUCCUGUUGGAGAGCAAGCCACCACAGCCCCAUCCCAACCAUCCUGUGAUUCUGAGAGCCAACACAAGAUGACAGGGACACCAGAGUUAGUACUCACACAGACCCCAAGCCCUUCCAGAUCAUUUCCCACCUUUCAGAUCCUUCCCAACUUGCCUGUGAGGUAUAAGACAGCAUCGGGGAGUCGUCUACAGCAGAGAAAAGGCCAGCUCUUCUGCGGACUCCCUUCUCUGCACAGUGAGUCCUUAGAGGCCAUCAUCCUGAGCUCAGAUGGCUGCUCUCCCUGGAAGUUACCUGUUGGUCCUUCUGUCUGCUUCAACAAGCUUUCCUUCCUGAAUAGGUCCAACCUGCUGUUUCCUCAGUAUUGUUCCCAAGCCCCGCUCCCUAUGCAUAAAGGGCAUACUACGAAAGAUGUGGAGACGUUCCCCAAUCCUCAGCAGCUUCCCCCUCCAUCUUCCCCUUCUGUCCCAUCACUACCCCUCCAUCUUAAGUCUUUUCCCAUAGACCACAAAGGAGACCAUUCUGGUGCUCAGGCACCUACACAAAUGCCAGGGGAAACUAGACCCCAGGGAGUUCCACCUGGAUGUGAGACUCAGUGGAGAACCACAGGACAUAAAAAGAGCCCGAAAGCCUCUGAGCCCCCAAUACUGGCCCCUUACCAACCCUCAGAUUCUCUGUCAGAAUCCCAGAAAGUCAGCUCUGAAGGAGGACCUCUUAUACCUAGGGACUUUUUGGGAACAAUGGGAGACAGACAGAAGUCUAAGGCCUCUGGGUUUCCAAUGCCAGCCCCCUGUCCUCCCUCAGACCCCCUGCCAGGACUCCAGAGAGGCAGUUCCCUGGGAGAUCCACCUGGAUACAAGUCCCACUGGGGAUGCAGAGAAAAUUCAGAAAACCCACAGGCCUUUGAACCCCCAGACUUGGACUUCAAUCUAGGGUUCUAUGGAACCAGCCCUACAUGUGUCCCAUCAGGAUCUGAGACUCUAUGGAAGGGCAUACAAAAAAGAGAAAAUCUUUGGGUCUCUGCAGACUCUGUUUUACCUUCCAGUCCUCCCUCAGCCUGUCUGCUAGAGUCUCUAGGGAUGGGCCCCCAGGGAGUCCUGUCUAAGUGCAAGGCUUUGUGGGAGACCACAGGGCAGACAGAGAACCUCUGGACCUCUGAGUCUACAGCCCCUGACUAUAGUCAGUCUGUAGCUCCCAUUCCUGAAUCUUACAGAGUCGAUCCUGAGGGAGGCCCCAUUACAUCAGAAACUGCAUGGAAGAACAUUGAACAUUCCAGGAAUUCUUGGGCUUCUGAGCCCCCAUCUCUGCCCCUCAGCCCAUAUCCAGCUCUCAUACUAGAACCCCUCAGAGUUAGCCCAAAGGGGGUCCUGUCUGAUUAUGAGGCUAGCUGUGGGGACACACAAAGGAGAGAGAGCUCCUGGUCUUCUGAGCUCCCAGCUCCCAGCUUACCCCCAAACCCACACGGAGCUAGACCACUGGGAGUCUUUUCUGACUCUGAACCUGUCGGGGGGCACAUGAAGCAGGAAAAAGUCUGUUGUGCUCCUGUGUCUCCAUUCUGGGGCCCCAGCCCACCUCCAAACUCUAUGUCAAAGUCUCACUCAAGUGAGCCUAUUGGAGACCAAAGCAACUGUAAGACUGAGGAGGCGGCAGUGGAGCAGAGAGGGAACAGCUGGGCCACUGAGCUCUCAGUCCCAACUCCUAACACAUUCUUUGCUUCUGUACCAGAUCCACACAUUGACCUUAGGUUUGUGAGGAGGAAUGUGCAACUAAGAGAGAUCCCCCAGGGCCCCAGCCUUCCAGCAGCAGAUCCCCUGCAGCCAAUACCCUGGCCUCCCGCCAUAGCUGAAGCUUUGAAGACUCGGCCCAACCAGCCUGGCCUACCCAAGGAAGAGCUGCUCCCAGGAGUUAAGGCAGAGACCCCACCCUCCCAGAGGCAGGAUGUCCCAGAGGUGUCCACCCACUCUGGGAUCCAGGCCUGGCACUGGAGUAGAGAAUUAGAACUCAGGCUGACGAAACUGCAGCUGAGCCCUGCUUCCAGAUCCCCUGGCCCAAGUGAGUCAUCUGGCAGUUCCCCUGCCCUGAGCUUCAUAACGCCAGGCACUUGGAGACUUUCUUCCUACUCCUCACAACAGACUCAUCACCCCAAUCUGUGCCCCCAUUCUUCAAGGUGUCACCCCCCAAAAGCUGAGAGUACAGUAACUCAGUCUGUCCAGUUCUUGCACUGUUAUCACUCCCAGUCCUCUUCCCAUCCUCAGCCACACUGGUCUGGUAGGGCAGAACAAAGGUCUCAGAGAGAGGAAAGGGAGAAGGCAAAGAUGGUGGCCCUGGUUCCACCUCAGGGACCACGUGUUUACAUGGAGGCUGAUGAAAACUGCCCAGGCUUCAGAGAGGCCUCAUACCCUGUGGUUCCAGUCUCAGGUGACAGGCAAGACAAAGCUUCAGUCCUAUCUUCAGCCAAAAAGAGAGAGCGCCCCAGGAAACCCAAAGCAGAAGACUACAGAGGAGGGGAUGCAAGAUUGGGGUCAUCCACAGUUCCAGGGAAGAGCCAUCCAGCCCAGGCUGGAAGACUAGUGGAGGCCCCUGUAAACCGACUUUUCCAAAGGAACCAGAGCUCUCUACACUCUGCUCUCCCCCAGCAGCUUUACUCCAAGGCUACAGGUUCCCAAGAUAAGGGAGAAGCAGGGCUGAGAGCUGGUGAUAUUCUGAUCCCUCGGCACUGUAAGCACUGCCCUUGGGCCCACAUGGAAAAGCAUUUCCCUUCUCGCACACCUCCAGCUUCCCUUACCAGGGGUCUGCGAAAGCUUCUAGCCAAGUGUCUGAGUACCCGUGGGCGGCCCACCAAAUCCAGUCAGCAUGAGGAAAAGCUGGUAGUGCUGACACCUGAGGGCUGGGGAAGCAAGCAGAGGAAAUCCUAA